CUUGUGAAACACGUUAUUAAAGUUUCUUGUGAAGCAAGUCUUUAACAUGUCUGCAAGAAUAGUAGACAAUGGCAUAAUCACGGUGAUAGCCAUUGAUAAAGACAAGAACAGCCAACACGCUUUGAAAUGGGCGGUUGAGAACAUUCUUGUCGAUUCUCCACAAUGUGUUCUUCUCCACGUUGAACCUAAAGGCAUAAUCUCGAUCUUUAUUUACCUCUCAUCAUCAAAACAAAAAAUGUCAGAUAACUCUAAUGAGGUCAUCCAUCUUGCAGAAGGAAACACAGGAGCACAUAUACAACGUGACAAUCAAGAUGAUUCGCAUCAGUUCUUUCUUCCUUUCAGAGGAUUCUGCUCUAGAAAAGGAAUUAUUCCCAAGGAGGUUCUUCUUAGAGAGAUUGAUAUCUCUAAUGCUAUUGUCAGCUACAUCACUAACAAUUCCAUUUCAAAUAUCGUUGUUGGCGCAUCUUCUCACAAUGCCUUUUUCAAGAAGUUUAAGAGACCAGAUGUGCCCACCACUUUGCUUAAAACGUCUCCAGAGACUUGCGCAGUCUUUGUUGUCUCAAAAGUUAAACUGCUAAAAAGCAAAUCCGCAAGUCAGGCUCUGAAGCAUCAUCCCAUACAACAAAGUCUCUCUACUUUGUUGUACAAUAAUGAGCCAAGGAGCUCCAACUAUUCAAGUGAUUCAGAGAGGGAUUCAGUUGUAUCUACACAACACAGCAAACCCAUGUCAGAUUUCUCCCAAACCAGUUCACCUCCUCGCAUCUCAACACAGCAAAAUCUGAGUGAGUGUUCUCAGUCAGACACUGACAAUGGAAGUUAUGGUAUGGUAUCAACUGUGACUUCUUACACUAUAUCUCAAAGUUCCACUACCAACGGAAGCUCCAUCUCUUCAAUAUCCACGGAGAGUCCACAUGCGGUAACUUUCAUGGAACAACAGAAUCAAAAUCUUGAAGCAGAAGUGAGGAGAUUGAGACAAGAACUGAAACAGUAUAAUCCCUCAAACAACAAAGAAAGCUCUCAAGAACAUAAACUACCUAGAGCCAAAGGUGUUAGAAGACUAGACCAAGCAAUAGAGAUGCCUAGAGCAUUGUCUGAGGAGAAUCAGAAUAGGCUUUCAGCAAUCCAAGCAGCUGAAAUAGCAAAACAAUUAGCAAAAAUGGAGAGCCAAAAGAGAAAGUUACUUGAGAUGCAAGCCAAGUUGGAGAAACAAAGAAUGGCAAGCAACGUCUCUUACAGACGUUACAGUAUCAAAGACGUUGAAGGUGCUACCAAUGGCUUCUCAGAUUCCUUAAAGAUCGGUGAAGGAGGGUAUGGACCUGUGUACAAGGCCGUCCUCGAUUAUACUCCUGUCGCCAUUAAAAUCUUGAAGUCUGGCAUCACACAAGGCCUCAAACAGUUCCAACAAGAGGUUGAGGUUCUGAGUAGCAUGAGACAUCCUAAUAUGGUGAUCCUCCUCGGUGCAUGUCCUGAGUACGGUUGUCUUAUUUACGAGUACAUGGAGAAUGGAACGCUUGAAGAUCGUCUCUUCUGCAAAGACAAUACACCACCGCUUUCUUGGAGAGCAAGGUUCAGAAUCGCUGCGGAGGUUGCCACAGGGCUUCUUUUCCUUCACCAUGCGAAACCUGAGCCGUUGGUUCAUCGUGAUCUGAAGCCGGCAAACAUUUUACUUGAUAGACAUUUCACUAGCAAGAUUAGUGACGUUGGUCUAGCUCGUCUUGUACCUUCCUCUGUGGCUGAUAGCUAUAGUAACUAUCACAUGACUUCUGCAGCUGGUACAUUCUGUUACAUCGACCCUGAGUACCAGCAAACCGGAUUGCUGGGAGUGAAAUCUGAUCUGUACUCUUUUGGUGUGGUGCUUUUGCAAAUGAUAACAGCCAUGCCAGCAAUGGGGUUAGGCCAUAAAGUAGAGAUGGCGGUUGAAAACAACAAGCUCAGUGAACUUUUCGAUCCAAAGGUAUCAGAAUGGCCUGAGGAAGAGACUCUGGAGUUGGCUAAAUUGGCUUUACAGUGCUGUGAGUUGAGGAAAAGAGACAGACCUGAUCUCGCUUCAGUAGUGUUACCGGCUCUGAACAGGCUAAGAGAGUUUGCAAGAGAGGAUCAUGAACGUAUCAAGAACAGAACAUCUCAUGUGUCACAAUCUAACUAUUCAGAUCCGGUUCCUUCCUCUCAGGUUAGUUUCUUAGAACCGUUCUGCUGCACAUGGACUAGAAUCUAGACCUUAGCUGAUCAAGAGACAUAUAAACAAAACUUUUUGUGUUCUGCACACAUGCUAAAGGUUUUAGAUAUGUUAACGGUAGAAAGAGGAUGAAAUGAAAAAAAAAAAUCCUAUUUGAGUAUUGACAAAAUUUAAAAAAAAACAUGAACGUAGAUUAGCAGGAAGCCAACUUUGGGAGUACUUGAGAUCCGCGGCGAUCUUGAUCAGUUAAAGACGCGUAGUCAUUCAGUACCAAGAAGAAGUAGACGACCUCCAAGAUCAGAAAGAAGUAGCCAGUACAAAGGCAACCGUUGGUCUUUUAUGAGUUGUGCACCUUCCAAAAGUUCAGUGGGGUGAUGAUCUCCCAUAACAUAUUUUUAUAGUCGUAAGUCAUGUAAAACUAAACUCUUCUUAAAGAAGAUUUGUUUAUUAUUGGAAGUUCGUCUGACAGGAACAUUAAUUUUCUGUAACAGAACAUAUUUUACUAAGCAACUGCAAAACAUUGAAAUUUGAAGAUUUUUUUGGAGUUUAUUUGAGUUCAUUGGUUGUUUUCCAUAAUGUGUAAGAAGUAAUGCAAAAAAAAUCUCAAUAGCAAUAAUACUAAGAUAACACUUG